UCAGCGACUUAUAGCUGGACUGCCGGUGGGCAUUUUGGCACUGGGUGGGAACUAACUAACUGCCACUGAUAUCCCCAGUGACACCAAUACAGUGAUCAGUGCUAAUAAAAAGCACUGACACUGUACUAAUGACACUGGGCAGGAAGGAGUUAACAUCUGGGGCGAUCAAAGGGUUAACUGUGUGCUGUGUGUGUUUUACUAGGGAAACAUGCUGCUUUGUAUUUCUCAGCACAGCAGUGCUCCUUCAUUGUCCAUUCCACAGGCUGCAGGCAAGGAGAGAAAGCAAUGUUACCUUCCAGACUGUGCUGUCCAGAAGAGGUACA